UGAGAGGAAUUUAUAGAGAGAGAAACAGUGUAAAGGGCGAAAGAGAGAUAGAGAGAGAGUAUCGGAACAGGAGAAAAGCGACGAACAGAUGGCUUCCAGUGCGGCGGUGCCUUUUUGGAGAUCAGCAGGGAUGACAUACAUAACGUAUUCAAACUUGUGCGCUAAUCUUGUCAGGAACUGUCUUAAGGAGCCCUACAAGACCGAAGCCCUAACUCGUGAGAAGGUUCACUUCACCGUUUCCAAAUGGGCCGAUGGCAAGCCUCAGAAGCCAACCACACGAUCGGACACUCCAUGAAUGAUGCAUGAAGAUGUAGCUGAGUUUUUCAUCUUCGAGAAUUUAUUCUAUGGCCGGUCUCUUCCGUUUCAUCAGUUUGAUGUUAUGAUGCAUUUCUUUGUCAAUAAUGGCAUAAACAAACACUUUAGAAGGACAUGUUAUUAUUAUCUUGAAUUGGGUUUUGCUUAAUAAGAUUUGACUUGCUGAAAAUGGAAAAAACAUGUAUUUUCAUGUUAAUGAUAUAUGCAAGAAUAUUCUAUUUCUAGUUUGGAAAGUAUU